AUGCCUGAACAGCGGCCACGCAGAGAGGAGGAGUCGAGCUUCGGCUUCAAGGGUGCCCUCCAGGGUCUCGGAAUCUUCUUGCUGGUACAAUUUGUAAUUGGACAAUUCUUCAACAAGCAGCAGAAUGCGGCAUCCACCGUCAAGUCGGGCAACACCGCGUUUGCGGAUCGCGUUGACCCCAGCGAAGUCGCCGACUACAGCGCCCUCCCGGACCUCAUCUCUCCGAUCUGGCCAUCCGACAGCGCCAUCGAUAUCAGCAUCUAUGUGACCCCGUCGAUCAUUGUGCCCUCCUUGAAGGCCAAGGAUAGCGUGCUUGUUAUGCAGGAGAAGAACUUCACGCUGGGCAACUAUAGCGACACCCGUGUGAUCGAGACAACUCUUAAGCUCCCGAAGCAGGUUCAGCAGAAUGGAACACUCUUCGCGCACUUUUUUGUGGCCCGCUCGGGACACCAGCUGGACCCUGCUGCUAAGGAUUAUAACUCUGCCGACGCAGUCCACUUUCUGCGCCCCAUGAACCAGUACCUCGCCAAGAAGAAGACCAAGAAGCUGAAGAAUCUCCUGGCCGCUUCCGAGGUAGUGGAAGAAGAGGUGGUGGAUGAUACCCCAGACGUGCAGACGGUCUCCUACUACCAUCCUAACUUCACCCUCUCCGUCAUCCCCGACUCUGGGACCCAGAGGUUCUCUCAGAUGCACCCGGCAGUUCGCCAGUAUGUGCAGCUGGAGCGCACCGGUGCCCGAGACGAGUCUGGCAAGAACGGCUGGUACUACCCCAUCCUGUUCCUCAAUACUUUCUGGCAGUUGAAGACUCAUAUGACUGAGCUGAACUCCACUGUCACGGAGGUCCCCCUGCGCAUUACCCUCAACAAUCUGUCCAACUGGAAAUUCAGCAUGCUCAGCAGUAUUGAUGAGGGCUCCAAGCAGAGUGCGCGCCAGGCUGCGUACGGUGGCCCCGUACCUGGUGGCGGUGAUGGCUCUGAGUGGGAGAUGGUCAAGGAGGUUCUGUUGGACACCAACAUCUAUCUCCUGGGAACCACUGCUAUCGUUACCAUCUUGCACAUGCUUUUCGAGACCCUGGCGUUCAAAAACGACAUUGCUCACUGGCGUAAGAAGAAGGAUAAUGUCGGCACCUCUGUUCGUACCAUUCUGGCAAAUGUUUUCAUGCAGGCAGUUAUCUUCCUUUACCUCAUGGACAACAGCGAGAACACAUCAUGGAUGAUUCUGGCUAGUCAAGGUUUCGGCAUUCUCCUCGAAGCCUGGAAGGUCACAAAGACCGUCGACGUUCGCCUGCGUCCUCCGCCCGCCAACUCCUUCUUUUCCUUCUUGCCCUAUGUCAUCGUUUUCGAGGAUAAGCACAAGCUGAGCGAGACCGAGAAGAAGACUCAAGAGUAUGACGAGAUUGCGUUCCGUUACCUGUACAUUGUGGCGGUGCCUCUUCUUCUCGCCUACGCCGGAUACAGCCUGAUGUACAACACCCACAAAUCCUGGUACUCUUACAUCAUCCAAACCCUUGUCGGCAGUGUCUACGCCUAUGGGUUCCUGAUGAUGGUUCCCAGCCUGUACAUCAACUACCGCCUGAAGUCUGUUGCCCACAUGCCGGGCAAGGCGAUGGCCUAUAAGUUCCUCAACACCUUCAUCGACGACCUCUUCGCCUUUACCGUUAAGAUGCCAUGGCUCCACCGAUUGGCCACUCUUCGCGACGAUGUCAUCUUCUUCAUCUGGCUCUACCAGGGCUGGAAGUACAAGGUUGACUAUAAGCGUAUCAACGAGUUUGGACAGGGAGGCGACAGUGACGAGGAGGAAGAGUCCAUCUCUGCCGCUAAGUCUGAGCAGAACGAGAAGGAGCAGACAGUGGCUUCUCAGACGUCCGCUAAGGUCGACAGCAACUCGUCUACUCGCCAGAGGAAGUCCAAGAAAUGA